AUUGAAGGCUGCUGUGUCCGUCAGUCGUCAAAAUGCCUCAGGAUAUGCCCCCCGUUGGGGGCUACGGGCCAGUUCAAUACAAGCGUAACAUUCCCGCCCGUGGUUUCCGCCCCAUCACCUACCUCGUCGGUAUGCACCUCUUAAUGGGCUACGGCUACUACAAGCUAUUCCACGGCAUCCGCGAACAAAAUGAGCUUGCCCGCGAAAAGGUCUGGGGCCGUCUCCACAUCCUCCCUCUCCUCCAGGCCGAAGAGGACCGCGACCAGGUCCGUCGUCACUUCGCCGACAAGGCCCGCGAGAAGGAGCUUUUGGGCUCUGAGUCCCAGGUUUACCACUCUGAGCGCUUCGUCCGCCCUACUUUCGUAUACACACCCACCAAGGUCUCUCAAUAAGCGAUUGCAAUUGUCAUGUGUUUGGAUUCGUUUAUGUUAACUUUGCAUGCUUACUUGAGCACCUCGGUGGACGGGUCCUGAUUUAUGGUUACAACACAAUUCGGAGUCUUUGUGCGGGGCCUGUUAGAUCAAUAAGGCGAUAGGAAAGCUGGAAGGGGUACUGUAUGAUGUAGAUAUACCGUCUAAAGGAGAGUGGUUAGUUUGCAAUAUGUGUUUUUUUACUGGGUUAAAAAAGAGUUCCAAUAUCUAUUC